AGUGCGAUGACAAUGAUCCAAAACACUCUGCUAGAUUCACUGAAGAGACGACAGAACAUCUCUCCUCCUAGAGAUAACGAUUAUCUCCUCCUCCUCCUCCUCCUCUGCUGGGAGCUGCUUUACUUCCACUCCUCCACUACAGCAGAAGAUCUGGACCUGGGUGAAGCAUGAGAGCUGUUUCCUCCUCUGCUUUUCGUUAGCAGGCUUUUAUUUCCUCCUUCAUGGUCGGAUCUGUAAACCUGAACACCUCAGCUCUGACGUCCUGCUGACUGUGAACCAGGAGGAGGAAAAACAGGAGUAUUAUGGGAUUUCUGCAGAGCUCAUCCGGACUUCUCUUCACCUUCUGAGCUGCUCAUCAUCAUCCUGACGUUCAGACAUGAAGCGUCUCUGGAGGAGCAGCGUCGCCCCGCUGGAGUCCAGCAGCACGACCAGUGCUGGUCGGGGGGCUUUGGCUCUACAGAACAUGAACAACAGCAACAACAACGACGGCAAAAAAGACGAAAAGAAGGACGAAAAGAAGGACGACAAGAAAGACGAAAAGGACGACAAGAAGGAUGAUAAGAAAGAUGACAAGAAAGAUGAAAAGAAGGACGACAAAAAGGACGAAAAGAAAGACGAUAAAAAAGAUGACAAGAAGGACGACAAGAAGGAUGACAAAAAAGAAGAACCAAAGGAGGUGUGGAUCAUGGACCCUGCCACCGACAUGUACUACUACUGGCUGUGCACCAUAUCUAUCCCAGUCUUCUACAACCUGAUGCUCCUGGUGGCCAGGGCGUGCUUCAAUGAACUGCAGUCUACAAACGUCACACUGUGGAUGACUCUGGACUACAUUUCCGAUGCCCUCUACUACCUCGACACCUUUGUGAGAGCCAGGACAGGAUUUCUGGAGCAAGGACUGCUUGUAAAGGAUGCAAAGGUCCUGAAAGAAAGGUACAUGAAGACCCCCCAGUUCAAAAUGGACAUCUUCUCCAUACUUCCCACUGACAUUAUAUUUCUACAAAUUGGAAUCAACAACCCAGAGUGGAGGUUCAACCGUCUCAUGAGGCUGGCUCGGCUCUUUGAGUUCUUUGACCGUACUGAAACUCGAACCAACUUUCCAAACAUCUUCCGAAUUGCUAACCUUGUCCUAUACAUCAUCAUCAUCAUUCACUGGAACGGUUGCAUCUACUUUGCCAUCUCCAAAGUUCUGGGCUUCGGCUCGGACACCUGGGUGUAUCCAGACAUCACUCAUCCUGAGCAUUCUCGGCUGGCCAGACAGUACAUCUACUGCUUCUACUGGUCCACGCUCACCUUGACGACUAUCGGAGAGACUCCACCCCCGGUCCGAGACUUUGAGUAUUUUUUCGUGGUGGCUGACUUCCUCACCGGAGUUCUGAUCUUUGCUACGAUUGUAGGCAACGUUGGUGCCAUGAUUUCCAACAUGAAUGCUGGCCGCGUAGAGUUCCAGGCUAAGAUUGACUCCAUCAAACAGUACAUGCAGUUCCGUAAGGUCACCAAAGACCUGGAGGCCAGAGUGGUGAAGUGGUUCGACUACCUGUGGACAGAGGAGAAAACCUGCGAUGAGAAGCUGGUGCUGAAGAACCUCCCAGACAAGCUGAAGGCUGAGAUCGCCAUUAACGUCCAUCUGGAGACCCUGAGCAAAGUGCGCAUCUUCCAGGACUGUGAAGCAGGUUUGCUUAUUGAGUUGGUCCUCAAGCUUCAGCCUCAAGUCUUCAGCCCCGGUGACUACAUCUGUAAGAAGGGGGACAUCGGCAGGGAAAUGUACAUCAUCAAAGAAGGAAAGCUGGCGGUGGUAGCAGACGAUGGCGUUACUCAGUUUGUGGUUCUCAGUGAUGGGGCAUAUUUUGGAGAAAUCAGCAUCCUUGGGAUCAAAGGCAGCAAAGCAGGAAACCGAAGAACAGCCAACAUCCGAAGCGUGGGCUACUCGGAUCUGUUCGCCCUGUCCAAAGAUGACCUGAUGGAGGCACUCAUUGAGUACCCUGAUGCUAAAUAUGCGCUGGAGGAGAAAGGAAGGGCCAUCCUGAUGAAAGAUAACCUCAUAGACGAGUCGCUGGUCGCUGCUACUGAUGCCAAAGACAUGGAGGACAAAGUCAACCAGAUUGAAACCAGUCUGGAGGUCAUGUCGGCCAAAUUCCGAAAGCUAACAAGUCACUACGAGUCCUCUCAGCGGAAACUCAAGCAGCGGCUCACCAACAUAUCAAACCAGGUCACAGGCCUCAAAGUAGAUUUUGAUUAAAGUUCUCCUACUGCUGGGCUUAGCGAUGCUCCGUCUUUCCUUCAUAAACACUAAAGGCUCCGACCAGCAGCUGGACUGUUUCUACUCAUUAUUCACACAUGAUGAAACAAUAAGGCUGCCUCGAAUGUUAACCAUCACUUCUUUUCUCCAUUCUAUUAUCCAUAUAAACCAGCAGUAGGUGGUAGUUUCUAACACCAGGAGUUUAACAUUCUGAAUGAAGAACAGAAGAAAGAUGUAGCAGUGAUGAAUAUUCACGAAAAUGCUUUGUUCUGUUCAAGUUGGAAGAACAGUUAACUUUCUAACUGAACAUGCAGUAAUAUGAUCAGAAUCCCCUGUUCAGUUCAUCCACACACAACCUGAAGACCAAAAACCUUCCUGUUAACAAACACCAUCCUUUUAGUUCUGUUUAAUUUGUUCAUCCUCAUGUUUUACUGGACAACAUGUAGAUUCUCUGUCAUGUUGGUGAAUCAAACUAAUUCUGGGAUACUUGGUCAUAAGAGUCUCAGAUCUUCUUGGAUUUACUUUUUCUUCACUGCAGUUGUUUGUGUCAUGCCAAUAACAAGUUUUGUGUACUUUUUGUUUUGUUUAUGUCGAAAACAUAUCUGAACCCAGAGCUAAACUUUGUGUCAUUUCUGUACCUGGAACACCAAGAUCUUGAGUAAAAUGCAGUUUCUCCAACUCAAGUAUACGUACUGGACUCAAAAAAUGCUUCGUCUUCAUUUGUCACAUCUAUAGCACGAUUUGAAAAGCAAGUUUGUUCUUCACAAACUGAAAUAAAUCAAGAUACCUUCUUGUAGUUUAA